CUCCCAAUCAUCAACACUCUCUCUAAAACUUCCGCCUCUGUCUCUCUCUCUCUCUCGUUCUUGAAUUGCGCGUGCGCCUGGUGUGCUUUGGCCGCCGUCGCGUGCCGUCGUCGGAGGAGGCGAAGGCAAUGGCGAAGGGCGGGCUGGGGAAGCUGCGGUGCAUGAUCAGGAGGUGGCACUCGUCCAGCCGCAUCGCCCGGGCGCCGUCGCCCGGCGAGGACGGCCACAACGGCGGCGACGCCCGGGGCGCGUCGUUCCACGGCGCCGCGGACGAGGUGCCCAAGGGCCUGCACCCGGUCUACGUCGGCAAGUCGCGCCGCCGGUACCUCAUCGCCGAGGAGCUCGUGGGCCACCCGCUGUUCCAGACCCUCGUCCACCGCACCGGCGGCGCCGCCGAGGCCGGCUGCACCGUGGUCGGCUGCGAGGUCGUCCUCUUCGAGCACCUCCUCUGGAUGCUGGAGAACGCGGACCCGCAGCCGGAGUCCCUCGACGAGCUCGUCGAGUACUACGCGUGCUGAUCGCCGCGAGCCACCGCGCCCGGCCCAGCAGCCGGAGUCGGGAGCCUCUCGAAUCUCCAAGCCGCGGCGGUGAAUCGCUCUGCAAUUCCUGUGUCUUGAGCCGUAGGAUUUAGAGUAGGGGAACCAUUGUUAAUCUUAAUCACCGUGCUGUGCAGCUCACGGACGCUGCUCUUCCGGCUCCGUUGAUUCGAUUCGAUUGCCUCUAGUUUGCUACAAUUUUUUUAAUGCUCUCCUCCUAAUAAGAUCUCUGGAGCCUGGACAGAUGCCUCCAUGUAUAUUGCGAUGCAAAAGAAAAAGAAAAGAAAAAAAGUUGCUCAUUUCGACUCC